CCGCGCGCUGUAACAACCUAUCGACGCGUGUAGGCGCAGCCAGGAAGAGAAAGGCUCACAGCACACCCUGAGCGCCACCCCGACCAGCAUGCCCUGGCGCACCUGUCAUAUACGACGUAGGAGCCGAGACAACUGAUUCACGCGCGACGCGGCCUUCCUCUUCCUCCUUAAUCUGGCCGUCGUACAAGGCCAGUAAAGAGUCCCUGCAUUGGAAGCUACCCUGGACCACCUCGCUCUGAGCGUCCAGUGCAACUGCUGAAGAUCCCAAUUCUCGCACAUCUUCCCUUCCCGAUUCCCCAGCUCUUUUCGUUGUCACACCGCCGUGAUGGAUCGCAGAUCUUCAGAUGAAAAACGACCCAAGGAGGACCAUGUGGUCGAAGAGGAGUACGCGUCUUCGGACUCGGACGUGCUCUCGAUCAAAGAUGCCGCUCGGGGCGACAACCUCCCUGAGAACUACUUUUUGAGCGUCGCUUUCAUUGGGACUGUCGUUGGCCUCUGUCUGGGACAGAUCGCAGCGUACAUUUUUCUGAUUCUGCCGACAAACGUACUCAGUUUCAUCAACGAGGACAUCGGUCCCAGCAAAAAUAUAGCAUGGGUCAACAUCGCCAGGACACUGGCGGAGAGCACAAUGUUCCUGGUGUCUGGCCGCUUGAGCGAUCUGUUCGGCCGUCGGUGGUUCUUCAUCGGCGGUAAUGUCAUCUGUCUGAUCGGCCUUAUCGUCGGCGCAUGCGCGAAGAACAUGGACACACUAAUUGUCGCAUCUGCCGUGUACGGAUUGGGAGAGUGCAUCCAGCUGAGCUUCGGCGUGGCUAUCGGAGAACUCGUGAAGAACAAGCACAGGCCUGUAGUCAUGUCGUUCAUCUUCGCGACGUCUGCACCUAUUGCGACGUUUGGUCCCAAGAUUGCGAGGGCUUUCGUCCAGAAUCCAUCUCUGGGCUGGCGCUGGACAUACUACCUGAACAUCAUCGUUGUCAGCAUAGCCAUCAUUCUUCUCUUCUUCUGCUACCACCCCCCGAACUUCGAGCUCCUUCACGAGCACAAGUCAAAGAAGCAGCAGAUGAAGGAACUCGAUUACCCAGGCAUGUUCUUGUGGACUGCAGGACUCGUAAUCUUCCUCAUGGGUAUCUCUUGGGGAGGUGGUAUUUACCCAUGGAAGUCAGCAGCAGUUAUCUGUGCAAUCGUUAUCGGCGCUGCUUGCCUCAUUGCUUUCGGCUUCUGGGAGGCCUAUGGCAACACUAAAUUCCCCCUGAUGCCGAUGAAGUUCUUCCGCAACCGCGGCUUCAUCUCGCUCGUAGCCUGCGCUACAGUCGCGUCCAUGUUCUACUACUCCGCAGUCCUGCUAUGGCCGCAGCAAGUCUCUGUCAUGUACACGACUGACAUCAACUACGCCGGCUGGCUCUCCUGCACUGUAUCCGCCGCUACCGCCCUGGGCCAAAUCGCUGCUGGAGGCUUAAUCAAAUUCUUCGGCAAAACGCGAUACUGGCUCAUUCUUUCCGCCUUCGGCAUGGUCGCCUUCGUCUCGUCGUGCGCUUCUUUGACCCCAGCAACCAAGAACAUGGGCAUCGCAUUCACUAUCAUCGGACCCUUCUUCGUCGGCUUCAUCGAGCUCGCUGCCCUCUCUCUCGCCCCGCUGUUCUGCAAAGCCGAAGAAAUCGGCGUGUCGUCCGGCAUGCUGGCGUCGAUCCGUGCAGCCGGCGGCUCCAUUGCCGUAGCCGUCUACUCCACUAUCCUCACCAACCGCCUCUCCACCACCAUGCCCGAGGUCGUUGGCGGCGCCGCAAUUGCCGCAGGCCUGCCUACCUCCGACGUCCCUGCUGUCCUCGCCGCCGUGACCGCCGGCACCGUCGCCAAAGCGCCCGGCGUCACUCCCUCAAUCCUCGCUGCUAUCGGCGCGGCGGUGCCGACUGCGUACAGCCAGGCGUUCAAGACGGUGUACCUUGCUUCGUUGGGCUUUGGAGGUAUUGCCAUCAUUGGAAGUCUGCUGACUGUUGAUCCGGAAAAGCAUUUGACGGAUAAGGUGGAGAGGAAGCUGCAUGGGAUGGGGGUCAAGGAGACGGCGGACAUUCAGCAUGUUGAGAGGCAGGAGAAGGUGGAUGAGGUCUGAGGGGCCAUUGGAGUUCCAAAGAAAACAC